AUGUCGUUGAUCGAUACUGAUCCAGCCAUUCACUCACCUCGUUCCGGCGACAUGCAACAACCCGGGUCAGCUUUUGGAAGUGCUGCUGUCGAUAUUGAAAAGCUCGAAAAAGAGAUUGCUGCUCAAGAAAAUGCGCGACGCGAGAGGGCACAAUUGACCGGUGCUAUUGGAUCGAAUGAGGGCGCACAGAAACCAGCUUCAUUUUCAAAUGGAGGCCCUCGUCGUGGAUUACAAGAAGUAUCGCUCGAGACAUCCGAUGAUCUCGACACCCUCGAUGAACCCGUCAUCGACACUAUUAAACGAGACGUGCGAACUAUUGGAGCCAAAUUUGGUCAAGUCCUUUUGCCACGAGUCGAGAAUCGCGAUCAACUACUGCGGGAUUGGGACCUUUGGGGACCGCUCUUCAUUUGUGUCGCUUUGUCAUUGCUUUUACAUCACAACAGUCCAAGUGGAGCCGCGCCAGCGUUCACCCAAGUUUUCUGCAUCAGUUUCUUCGGAUCCGUGGCCCUCACGAUCAAUAUCAAGCUUCUCGGUGGUACAAUUUCGUUCUUCCAAUCGUUGUGCGUAAUCGGAUACUGUCUCUUGCCUCCAACGGGCGCCGCUUUUCUCUGCACAAUGUUCUUUCAUAAAUGGUUUGUCGUGCGGUUGUUGGUAACUUCAAUUGGAUAUUGUUGGGCGACUUAUGCAACUAUGGGUUUCCUCUCGUCGUGCGUGUCAGAAAAGCGUCGAUUGCUGGUGGUGUAUCCAAUAUUCUUGUUCUACUUCAUCGUCAGCUGGUUGAUCAUUUCACAUUCG